AUGGAAAAACAAUUGGAUGACAGUCGAGUUUCGAGGAAAAACAUCGACGCGAAUCGCGAAAGAAUCAGUUCGAGACGUUGGACAAGACGCGAGACGUUAGACAACGAGAACUGGUUGGCCUCAAAGCAGACCCUUUCAGACAUUAAUAAUUGCAGAUUAGUAGAAGUAUCCGAUGAAAAUUCAGUAGAAAAAUCCGACGUAUUUCAGUCGGAUUUAUAG